GCUCAAGCUCUCCUCCUCCUCCUCCUCCAGCUCUUGUCUUUCAUUCUCACUGUCUUUCCCUGCUAGCUUCAGAAAUGGCUGAGAAUUUCCCCUUUCCUACAUAUUUCGUACUGACUAUAAUAACCAUAACCCGUUUGAUAUCAACUGUGGGCAAAACCGAGCUCACAGGGCCGAGUCUGGUACCUUCGAAUAUAUCCCACAGGCUACGUGACGACCCGGAAGCCAUUAAAAUAGCUUCAAGCGACUAUGGCAAUCUCGUUCGUGAGUCUCCUCUCGCCGUGUUUCAACCAUCUUCCAUAUACGACAUUAUCAGCUUGAUAAAAUCCUCCUACACCAGCUCUGUUCCUUUCCACAUCGCCGCCAGAGGACAAGGCCACUCAACUCGCGGCCAAGCCAUGGUUCCCAACGGCGUCGUCGUCGACAUGUCCGCCCUCCGGCGACAGAGUCUCGGCUUCGGAAUCGGUUCUGUGUUCCAUGACCCUUCCGUCGGUUACUACGCCGACGUCGGAGGUGAACAGCUCUGGAUUGAUGUUCUUCAGGCCACGCUCCGACACGGACUUGCACCGCCAUCGUGGACGGAUUAUCUCUACCUGACCGUCGGCGGCACUCUGUCUAACGCCGGCAUCAGCGGCCAGACCUUCCGUUACGGACCUCAGAUCAGCAAUGUCCAUGAAAUGGAUGUCAUCACUGGAAAAGGAGAUUUCUUAACCUGCUCGCCGGAGAAGAACUCAGAACUUUUUCAUGGGGUUCUUGGAGGUUUGGGGCAAUUUGGAAUCAUAGCAAGAGCAAGAAUCGCUCUUCGGCCAGCUCCAAAACGAGUUAAGUGGGUCAGAGUGAUCUACAAUGAUUUCUCUGCCUUCACAAAAGACCAAGAACGAUUAAUCUCAAUCAGUGGAGAAAAGAAGAGAGAUAAUGAUGAUGAUGAUAAUGCCUUAGAUUAUUUGGAAGGGAUGCUUCUGAUGCACCAAGGACCCAUCAAUAAUUGGAGAUCCUCUUUCUUUCCAUCAUCAGACCACCCUAAAAUAAUCUCUCUACUUGUUCAACAUAGCAUUCUAUACUGCCUCGAAUUCGCCAAAUACUAUGAUGACCAUUCUGAACAUAGUGUGGACAAGGAACUUCAAGAAAUGGUCCGAGGACUGAGCUAUGUUCCUGGGUUUUAUUACGAGAAAAAUGUGUCGUUUAUGGAGUUCUUGAAUAGAGUUCGGAGUGGAGAGCUAAAGCUUCAAUCACAAGGACUAUGGGAUGUUCCUCAUCCAUGGCUAAAUAUGUUUGUACCCAAAUCUCGAAUCCACGAUUUUGAUUCUGGGGUUUUUAAAGAUAUUAUCCUCAAACGAAACAUUACCAAAGGACCAGUCUUAGUUUAUCCCAUGAACCGAAGCAAGUGGAACGACAAAAUGUCAGCGAGUAUACCAGACGAGGAAGUGUUUUACACAGUGGGAUUUUUGCAUUCAAGUGGGUUUGAUGAUUGGAAAGCAUUUGAUGUUCAAAAUAGAGAUAUAUUGAGGUUCUGUGAGGAAGCUGGGAUCAAGGUGAAGCAGUAUCUGCCUCACUACGCAACACAGCAAGAGUGGACAAACCAUUUUGGCACCAAAUGGAUGAGUUUCCAAGAAAGAAAAUAUCAGUUUGAUCCAAGAAUGAUUCUAUCACCAGGACAGAGAAUCUUCAACAACAUUGAUUGAUUAGCUACAAGUCAUUCUUUUCUUUUAUUUUUUUUCGUAUUUAUUAAUUUCCCAAGAAAAGAGUGGUAUAUAUGUGGUACUACCUCACUUUUAGUUAAUUAAUUAAUUAGCUAGCUGGUUGCAGGUGUAUAUGACACCAGAUUUGCUUAGAUGAUAGUUUGUCUUUUUAAGUUAUUAGUUCUGUAAACUUUUUGUUAAUUAAUGAGAAACAUAUUAAGAGAGUUCAA